AUGCAUGAAGCUGUGGGUUUUGACCACCUGACCAAUUCAGCUGGUCGAAGAAGAGUACUAGUUCGUCAUCUCUGCCGCAAGAUGUCGCGUCACAAGGAGGUGGAGCCAAAUAACCCUGCUUUUCCAAACGGAUGGUUCCCUUUGGUUGAAUCUGACGAUGUACCUGCUGGUCAAGUCGUGUCAGUGGUAGCACUGGGACAGAAGUGGUGUGUGUAUAGAGGAGAGACGGGACGAGCUUAUGUCCUAGAUGCCUACUGCCCUCACCUGGGUGCCGAUUUGUCAGCGGGUGGUCACGUGGUAGGAGACUGCGUGGAGUGUCCCUUCCACGGUUGGAGAUUCGAUGGCUCCGACAAUGGACGAUGCACGCUCAUUCCUUAUGCAGAGAAACCACCAGAAGCUGCGCGCGCCUCCAAGCGGGAUUCCUGCGAGAAGAACGGAUUCAUCUUCGUGUGGUACCACGCGGAGGGAGAACCACCCUCCUGGGAACUGCCCACGCUGCCCGACAUCGAGAGUGGACACUGGAAGUUCCGGGGCCGGACCGACCACACGGUCCACUGCCACAUUCAGGAAAUUCCAGAAAAUGGUGCUGACAUCGCUCACCUCCCCCAAGUGCAUUCGAAAUCUGUGUUCGAAGGCAAUACUUGGCUGGAUAGCUGGAGAGCACUUUACGUCGGACGAUUAGUCCGCCACCAGUGGCAACCCAGCUGGCAGGCAGACGAAGAGCAACCCCACAAAGCUCGAAUACACCUCAGCCAGCGAAUGAGCGUCUGCGGAUAUACGAUGCCGUUCUCAGAGCUCGAAAUAAAUAUUGAACAAAUCGGACCUGCGACCGUGUUUCUGGCCCUCGAGUCCAGUUUCGGCCGUGGUAUGUUGCUCCAGAACAUCGUGCCAGAAGGUCCACUCUGUCAGAGGAUAAUACACCGUCUCUACACAGAGCCCAAGUUCAGAGCAGCACCGGCUGCUUUCCUUGUCUGGUCCGAAGCCGUCAUGCUGGAGCGUGACAUUGCUAUCUGGAACAAUAAGAAGUUCUUAAAGAAUCCUGUUCUCGUUCGGGAGGACAAGCUCAUCAAGAAAUUUCGGCGGUGGUACGCACAGUUCUACUCUCCGAACAGUCCCACACUACAAGAUGUUAGAGAUAAGGGCCUGGACUGGUGA